GGUUGGGGAUGAGGGGAAAGACAACAGAACACUGAACUUUCUACCAUGUUCUAGACUACCCUCUGUACUUCCUGUCGAUGGCUGAAAGAGGGAAGAGAAUCCCGAAAGCUAGUGCUGGUGGUGGUAUUUGUGGCCCUUCUGCUGGACAACAUGUUACUGACUGUGGUGGUGCCCAUCGUACCUGCCUUCCUUUAUGCAACUGAAUUCAGAAGUGCCAAUGUGUCUGAGACUUUGCCCUUUGGUAGCAAUGCUCCGGGGAUUCUCCACAAUGCAGACUUUUCUUCCAUCUUCUCCUACUUUGAUAAUACUACAAUGGUGACUGAAGAAAGCAAACACUCAGAAAAGGAAUGGAUGAAUGAGAACUUUGGCACCCUACCCCCACAAGUUAUUGAACCCAGCUUGGCACCUAGGAACAAUUGUCUGCAAGGUACUGAGUUCCUGGAAGAGGAAAACUUACGGGUUGGACUUCUGUUUGCAUCAAAGGCUAUAAUGCAGCUUCUGGUCAACCCUUUUGUGGGUCUCCUCACAAACAGGAUUGGAUAUCACAUCCCCAUGUUUGCUGGCUUUGUCAUCAUGUUUCUUUCUACAGUCAUGUUUGCUUUUUCAGGAACCUACACACUUCUUCUCUUGGCCAGAACUCUUCAAGGCAUUGGAUCCUCCUUUUCAUCAGUUGCUGGACUUGGAAUGCUGGCCAGUGUGUACACAGAUGAUUAUGAAAGAGGAAGUGCAAUGGGUAUUGCCCUAGGUGGUCUAGCUUUGGGGGUAUUAGUGGGUGCUCCCUUUGGAAGCCUGAUGUAUGAGUUUGUUGGCAAACCUGCUCCCUUCCUUAUUCUGGCAUUGCUGGCCCUGAUGGAUGGAGCUCUACAACUCUGUAUUCUACAGCCCUCCAAGAUCUGUCCUGAGAGUUCCAAAGGCACACCGAUCUUAACUCUUCUGAGAGAUCCUUACAUCCUGGUGGCUGCAGGUUCCCUCUGCUUUGCCAACAUGGGGGUGGCUAUAUUGGAGCCCACACUGCCUAUAUGGAUGAUGCAGACCAUGUGUUCCCCCAAGUGGCAACUGGGUCUAGCCUUCCUGCCAGCCAGUGUGUCUUAUCUCAUUGGCACCAACCUUUUUGGGGUAUUGGCUAACAAGAUGGGUCGGUGGCUAUGUUCUUUGAUUGGGAUGUUGGUUGUAGGUACCAGUCUGCUCUGUGUUCCUCUUGCUCAGAAUAUUUUUGGUCUGAUUGGUCCCAAUGGGGGAUUGGGCUUUGCUAUUGGCAUGGUAGACUCUUCCAUAAUGCCUAUCAUGGGACACCUGGUAGACCUUCGUCAUACAUCUGUGUAUGGGAGUAUCUAUGCCAUCGCUGAUGUGGCUUUCUGUAUGGGAUUUGCUAUUGGUCCAUCUACUGGGGGUGCUAUCGUCCAUGCUAUUGGUUUUCCCUGGCUCAUGGUCAUUAUUGGAGUCAUCAACAUUGCCUAUGCUCCACUCUGCUACUACCUUCGAAGCCCCCCAGCCAAGGAAGAAAAGAUUGCAAUUUUGAACCAAGAAUGCCCAAUGGAGACCAAAAUCCAUGGAAUUCAGAAGUCCCAAAGAGAAUUCCCCCUGAGUGAGGGCAGUGAAGAGGAAGCUGAAAGUGAGGAAUAGUGGGAGAAAUGGACACUCUUACUUUGGGUAUCUGGUGGGCAUUCCUCCAUAUGGAUGUUUCUCUCUUCUUUCCUUGAGAAGUCCAAUCUUAAAGGACACAAAACAAAAUGCCUUCUAAAUACUCUGUCCUGAGAGUGGUCUUCUUCCUUUUAUAUAACCACCUCAUGAUGACAAAAAAGAAACCUAUGGGUUAGGUUCCCAACCUGUAGUGGAUCUGACUUUAUUUUUCUUUUAUAGCAUGUUUCAAUUGUAUUCUGGUCACUGACAGGAUAGAUCCAGAUUUAUUUGUUUUUAAAGGAAUGAAGGAGAUAUGCUACAAAAUCUUUCUAGCUCAAGAAAAUCAUGAGAACAUUGGGAUUUAGCGAUUUUACUCCAAAAGGGCCUCAAUUUUGCAGCAAGUAUUGAGGAUAAAAAGGCAUUAGAUAUAGGACAGAUUUUAUCUAACUUAAUCCAAAAAAUAUAUAAUAAACUCAUACUGGAGCUCUUCAUUUGCCUAAAUCCAAAAAUAUAUAUAUAAUAGGCUUCUACUGGAACUACUUUCUAUCAUUGUGGGCAAGUUAUUUUACUCCCUGGACCUGAAGCCCUUUAUCUAUAAAAUGAAAGGCUUGGACUAGAUGACCUCAAAGAUCCUUAUAACUCAAAAUCUAAGAUUUUCGGAUCCCAAAGGUAUGUUAAUUCUUAUCAUUCCUGAGUUGAUCCUAAGGAUUGUAACACUUGAAGAUUGGGAAUUUGAGUUAAUGCCAAAACAAAGACCUUGUUCUAGGGAAUUACAAAGAAUUCAUAUAUUGUCCAGGGGCACAAGGAGGAGAAAGGGACUGCCUACAGUGUUCAUUUUCAUGUAACCAGGGGCUUUCUCAAUGGGUUGCCUUCCUUUCUAGCCUUUGGAGGCAGUUGGCUUUCUCAUUUAAUAUGCUCCCAUCUGGUCUUUUCUGGCUGGGUUGAAAAAGCUGUUCAUGAAUCUUACUGUCUGUUUCAUAACAGCAACAACAACAAUAAUAAUGAUAGCUAGCAUUUAUAUAGUGCUGACUAAGUUGUGCAUUAGGCAUUGUGCUAAGCACUUUCCAGAUAUUCUAUCCUAGACAGGAAUCUAGUUUUCUGUUUUUGAAUCUAUAGUAGUAAAAUAGUUUCAUCAGCAUGCAAAUGAUAACAUCAUUAUCCUCGGAGUCCUCACAGCUUAAGCCCAUUUUACUUUACUGAGCAGGGGAUUUAGAGCUGAAUGGGACCUUAGCAAUCACCUUGGCAAAACUCAUUUUUUCAAGAAGAGCCUUGAAGGUUGCCUAAUGUCACAUAAUAAAUAGAUGCUUGGAUGAGAAUGUAAGAUUUAGGGCUUCAAAUUUGAUGCUCUUUCCAUUAGAUACUUUAAGCUCCUUGUUCUUUCCUUUCCCCAGAAUUCUAUAUAUUAGAAUUCUUAAUUUUAAGUAUCUUGAGAAAUGGGGGAAGGGGGGGAAGGAUACCCAGAAACAUAUACUGGAGCAAUAUAAUUUGUGAUGAAAAAUUAAAGGUGAGAUUAAUGAAACUGAGUGUAAGAAAACUAUUGAAUUUAUAAAUAAAGCAAGAAGUUUUUUAUGA